UGAUUACUGUGAUGAAUGGUAUCAUGGGUCAUGUGUUAACAUUACAGCGUCAGACGCCUUGGACAUUGACAAGUACAAGUGCACGACUUGCAAAGGACGUUAAUUUCUUGUUUUGUUAAUGUGAAGUGGUCUGUUUGUGUUUUUCAGUAUGGCUCACAGUUCCAGACCCAAAGAUUACUUAGGGGAGGUGGAGGAGAAUACAAUCCUAAGGAUUCUAUGUUCUCCAAAGGAAAUUGUAUACAACCUGAUGAUGUGUAGACGUGGGACCCCAGAAGAGAAAUUAAACGCUCUUCUCGGACAGGUCCGUCUAGCAAAACAUGGGAGAGCAACUCGGUGGCUAGUAACCGUAGCCCAAGAAGCUGUUACUCUACAAUUUCAGAGCCACGACUGGAUUUCAGACAAUAUCCAUGUCCUGCCAAAGAAGAAGAGGACGAUAGCUAGUACCGUCCUACCCACAGCCUCGGUCGAUUACCGGAAGAAGACUGAUCCAACGAUCACGUCUGUAGUAGAAGAUCAGGGUAGAUUGGCCUUGGAGGCUAGGAGUGAUAAGAGGCAGGAAGAGGAAAAGGCGUCGUCAAUAUCAUCGGGCACCGAAGAUAAUCUUUUGAGUGUAGUUGAUAUUGUGGGCAGUCCGGAAGCUGUUGAGGUCGUGCUAAGCACAUCUCCGGCAACCGAGGUCGCCAUGGAAGUGGACAGUUCCAAUGAAACGGUCCCUUCUAUGGAACAAUCAUUGGCUGUUCCGGCUACUUCACCGGAACAUCAGGGGACGAUAUCACCAGUUAGGUAUCCUUCUCCUGUAAAGAAGCGUGUUCCGUCAGAGAAAGACGUUGAUGUCUCUUCAAAAAGGCGAAGACGACCAAGAAGACGUCAUCGUCACAGGAGUGACAAGGAGGGAAUGCUGCCUUGCGGACGUGGCAUGACUGUUGACUUGCCUGGUAAAUUGAGCUAUGUAAGCUCCAGGGAUGACAAAUCUGAAUCCCGAGAUGUCAGCAGUGGUGCUGUCCCAAAGAAACCGAAGGUGAGCCAUUCUGACCGGGGACAAACGUCCUCCGUUGAGUGCGUCACAAGAGGAAGUUCUUCCCUGGGACGUGGCUCCCACCAAAGGACAAUUCCUAAGGUGGUUGGUAGUCACUCUAAGGAAAGAUCACGUGCAGCAGCGUCCAGUAAAGACGGAACAAGGCGGUCUACCACCGAGGAAAAGGGGAAAAUACAGAUAACUGUACCUAACCCAGAAAGGUGUAGACCAUCAUCAUCAGUUCAGCAGCAAAGGUCAUCCCGGAAGACUGAUACUGAUAUGGGACGUAGAACGGAACGUAGACAACCAUGUUUGAUUCCGGAGUGCGACAUUCCAAAUGCGUAUCCGAAGAGUCAUGCGUUCCAGCAACACAUCCCUAAUCUUUUCAAGGAGGGGAGGGAAUUGGAGGAAGUAACACGAAAACGUGUAGCAGCCCUCAAGCUGAUGACUGGUUGGUUGCUGGGUAAUCGAGCUAAGCUCGAGGACCUGGUAAAGUACAUCAACAGCACAGAGCAAGUUCCUCGUGAAAGUAACCGGGAGGUGUCAAACAGGUUAAAGGAGGAGAUGGAGGAUAUGUCUCGGGAAUUAUUCCAAGAACUCCCUGAGCGAUUCAUCAUCUCACCAAUGAAUUCUUUGGCAGCUCUCAUCCAUUGGCGCGUCUUGAUUGUCAUCAUAGCUAAGCUUGAACCGAGACAUCGCCAGAGUCUGAUGGAACAGUUCCACGACUCCGAGGAGCCCUCAGAGCCUACAGAAGCCCCAGCCGAUUUACCAGAGGGAUUUGAUAGUCAUUUCCACUUGGAUAGAUUGCAGGGAAUGAUGCGUAUGCGUGGAGCCAGUUUAGCCGAAAUAAAUCAGGCGACUGGUGACCCCUACCAUCGAGUGAACCUUGUGGGAGCUGUGGCUAACUUCUGUGACCCAGCUACUUACCCCUCCGAAGAUUUGGUAAGGAAACUUCACCAAGAAGGAGUGUCCGUAACUAUUGGUCUGCAUCCUAAGGAUGUCGGCGAAGUUACAGAUGACAUUUUGAAGAGGAUGGAAUCCCUUUUACAGAUGCCAGAGGUUGUCGGUCUUGGAGAGGUUGGCAUUGAUCACUCAGUGUCACCAGAGUUCUGGGGGAGCCAACUAAGGAUCCUUAACAGUGCUUUGAGCUUUCUUCAGGACAGACAUGUUUUGGUUAUCCAUUGUAGAAGCAUGGCGCAUACAGGCGAUACCAGUGAAGCCUACAUGACUUUACUGUUUCAUCUUCAGCCCAGGGUUCGAAAGGAACAAAACAUCCAUCUUCACUGUUUUACUGGCUCGGAGAGCAUGGUCAAAGAGUGGACGUCGGUCUUCCCGAACACCUACUUUGGUUUUACCAGAUUAGUUGACCGGUUCGAUGAGACUCAGCUAAGGGGAUUAAGAGCUGUACAAGAUAGCCGAAUCCUUCUUGAGACAGAUGCUCCAUACUUCCAGUUCUCCGGGGGUAACAGUAAACCGAAGUUUCGACAUGGAACCAGAUAUUCCGCUCCCAUAUUAAUUGGCAUGACUGCUGCUGUAGUUGCUGAGGAGCGACCAGAAGACCAGGUGGUAUUACUCCGUAAGACUGUGGCAAACCCCAGGGCUUUGUAUGAAAGUACGUAAUAAACUUGGAGUUCUAAGUUCUAACGAGCUAAGGAGCUGGAUGCUGGCCGCUGUUAAAUAGUGCCCAGGAAGAUGAUCCAGUGGAGAACCUUCUAUUAAUAACUUGAUGGAUGGUUAAUAACAGUAUGGUAAUCUGUCUUGCUAACGCCUGACAUUGAUAAUCUACUGUAUUUACAGGCCAACGCCUGUAAAGGCGGUCAAGUGGGUACUGGUUUGAAACCCAGGAGUGGACUAAGAGUCUCGGGGUGCACACUUCCAGGGAGAAGACUUCGUCUUUAAAGUCGGGGGGAGUGUGGUGAGAUAUGAGAGUCUGACCUUAUCCGGGUGAUUCCGAUACCGGAUAGACGAGAUUUAGUCCGUGCAUGACGAGCAAGAUCGAAGCCGCCAUCUUGAUAGGAACUAUAGGAAAGACAACAAGACGAAAUCCGAAGUAACUUAGAACUAUAUACAGUCAUCCAUACAGGGAAAGUGUUUCAAGGUAAGCAGAACACUUUACUGUUAACUUAGAUUACCGU